CGUGUCAAAACAGGAUGGCGUUGCCAAAUCCUGUAAAGCAGACACAAGAAGGAGGAAAUCACCAGACAGCAAAAGCAUUCUUCUACAAAGUUUAAAUGAAAAAUCUGAUCGACAAAAGGAGAUGCGCAACUUCCUGUCCCUCCCGAUUCACGAAAAGACGACCUAUAGCACCCGAAUGAUGGCAGAGCAGAGGAAAGCGCUUUUGAAGCAGCUAAAGGAGGAAGAAAGUGUGAAUAUGCUAAAGAAAGCCAGGAGUAAGCCAACCCUCCCGAUGCAAACACCUGCAAGGCAUGAGCUGAAGUUGGCCUUGUUGAAACAAACACACAUUGUGAGAGAAUGUAAACAUGACUUCAUCGCCAUGGAGCGUCAGAAGGCCGUGUUAGAGGCCAUCAUCUCUAACAAUCAGUCCUCCCUUCACCGCUUUCAGAUAUCGCUGAUGACAAAGAGGUCAGAGAUAUGUAAAAUGGAAAAGGCCAUCGCAAAAGAGCAGAGGCAGCUAAGGGAGCUGGAGAAGCUCAUUGAGAAGGACAAUCAAAGCUUUGAACAGUUCCUGAGAGACAAUGAGAAGAAGUCUAUGGAGGCCCGAACAUUCUUUGAAAAAGAAGCCAAGUCCAAGGAGGAGAAAAACACUGAGAUUAAGAAGUUGACUUCUGAAAUAUCAAAGUUAAGAAGUGAACUUUCCAACUAUGAAGAAACUCUACAAGAGUACAAGAGAUACAAGGAACUUCUUUUGAAGUUGUCUCCACCAGACUGGCAGGAGGCCCAGAGGGCGAAGGUUAUGAAGAAAAUACAACUGAUGGGCAACACUGAGGAUGAGCUGAACAAGGAACCAAUGGACUCAAUGACAGUCAAGCAAAGUGUGGAAAAUAACAGAGGCAGUGCCAGGCUGUCACCUGCAGAGAGCACCAGUGUCUCAAUGCGGCUUGACCCGGAUGCUGACGGUUCAGAAAACGGGGAAGAUCCAGAGUUGUACUUCACUGACCCAAAACAGCUUAUUGAGCUGAUGACGGAGCUAACAGAGCAGAAUCUGUCUUUGAUCAAGAACUCUACAAGAGCUGAGGAAACACUAGAAGAGCUUAAACAGUCGAUGGAGGCCAUCAGGAAGACGACUGAAAAGGAUGAGGCACUCCUAACGCAGCAAAUGAAUGAGAUGAAUAAGAAGAUCGAGGAGGAGAAAGCGAGAGCCGCAAAGCUUAAACAGAAGGUUCAGCUGCAUGUUCUGUUGAACACAGAGGAUGAGCAGGAUGACAUGCUGAGUGCGCUCAGCGAGAAGGUGGCAGAGGUGUAUAGGUGCUGUGUGGACAACAGGGGGAGCAGCCACAGCACCUUGGAGAGACUGGCCAGCAUUGAGAAGCAGAUGUCUUCACUGCUACAUUGCCUGGAUGACAUACCAACAGAAAGCUUGGAAAUGAUGCAGAAGAUCAAGGACAGUGAGAGAAGGACCAGGCAACGUGAAGAAAAGCUGAGGAUGCAAAGAGAGAAACAGAUAGAAAGGAUGAAGAGAUACUUAGAGCGGUCGCUCUCUGAGGCCAAGAAAACUAGUGGACGUAAACUAAUGCCUAGAUGCCUCCCGACUGCCCAGAAGGUGAAAGUUAAAAAAGUGGAAAGCGCUUCUGCUGACGACGACUUCAAUAACUACUUCUCCACAUCAUUGGACAUACUAUAGGGAAAAAAAGGAAUGUGAAAUAGUAUAAUAAUUAUAUUUCUCUCCAAAUGUUUUGCUUCUAUCCACACAUACAAACAAAUUCUUACAAGCUUUCUUAAAUUCACUUUCAAAUUUGUUUUUGUUUUUAUUUUCUGUCGUUUAAAAUGUUGAAAACUAUUAUUUAAUAAGUUGA